CGAUCUCAAGUAGUGUUAAACGUUUUGCAUAAGGAGGGGAAUAAAUGAAAAUGGUUUAAACCGCGAUUUCCUGGGUUUGUUAUUUUCACGUUUUUUUCCUCACUGGCAGUUAUAAUAUACGGGCGAUAUCGUCCAUGAAGUGGACCAGAUUCGGAAGAUUUCAAGUACGCAUGGAUUGAACGGCCGUUUAUCAAACGCCGAUACCUGCAUCGUAUAUAAAACAAUCUUCACGACAAAUUUGUCAGUCACCGUGCCAAUAACCCUGCGACCAUGCUCUGUUUUAGAUUAAGAACAAUUGCCGUGUUCCUUUGCGUUGCUGUCUUACUGGAAUUAUCAGAGGCGGACGUUUUAAUUAAUCAACGUGAUGAUUCGUUUUUCGACCGUUUUACUGGAUUAACAUCGCAUGUGAGGAAAGCACGGAGCAGACAAAAUGAGGAAACUAAGGACGAUGCUUACGAAAGCGGAAAAGAAGGUUAUGAUGGCAGCCAGUAUGUUCAAAGAUCCAAGGAAGGACUUCAGGUCAGCGAAACAAAGAGACACGAGACAGACUCAAAUAAUCAAAAUUCACGCUCUCGAAGAAACGAGGGUAAGGAUCAAGGCGAAGUAAACAACCAAACGGAUAAAAAUCAAGACAGCGAUACGAACAGAAAAGAUAACACGGAUAAACAAACAUACAACACUUUAUUAACUGUUCUGCCUAGCGGCGGUCAGGGAAAUAAAGGAAAAUGGAGUUGUACUUUGUAUCGUUGCAGGCCAACUAACGUGACGAAUAAAGAUCAAAGAGGAAACGGGAAUGCCAGGAUUUGUCCUUUGGUAUUAAACCUGAGGGAUCACGGAUCAUUUGCCAGGCCUUUUCCAGUUUUUGUGUUUAGAAACGACAAACCGGAAAAUCAGAAAACUAAUAGUGCACCCACAGACCAGGUAAACGAACAGACGGAUGACGGAAAAAGUAUGGAAGAUAAAAGACAUCAGGGUGUCCAAACAUUCACGGGGCCGAUGAUUUUCGCUCCUUGUCAAAACUGGUUCAACCAAGGAAGACAUUUUUACACCGGGAAUCCUUUCAGCUCCAACCGAGGCCAUAACCCGAGCGUCGCCAUUUCAACGUACAGGACAAACGAACAAAAUGAAGAGGAAGUAUUAACUUUAUACAAAGAUAAAGACCAAAAUGGCUCUAGCGUUCAAACAGAGAAUCCCGUUCCUCAUCAAAACUUGAUCGCACCAGGCGCUGUCUACACGUUGAAUCCUUCCAGCUUCGGCCCAGGCCAAAGCCCAAACGCCGCUUUUUCCACGUACAAGGCAAUCGAACAUACAAAAGAGGAAAUAUCUACUAUAGACAAAAAUAAACUGCAAAAUGCGGCUAGCGUCCAAACAGAGAAUCCCGUUCCUCAUCAAAACUUGAUCGCACCAGGCGCUGUCUACACGUUGAAUCCUUCCAGCUUCGGCCCAGGCCAAAGCCCAAACGCCAACCCAAACGCCGCUCUUUCCACGUACAAGGCAAUCGAACAUACAAAAGAGGAAAUAUCUACUGAAGACAAAAAUAAACUGCAAAAUGCGGCUAGAGUUCAAACAGCAAAUACCGUUCCUCAUCAAAACUUGAUCGCACCAGGCACUACCCUCACCGGCUAUCCUUUCAGCUUCCAGCAACCUUGCCAUUUCGAUUUCGGGUGCAACUGUGGAUCUUACUGCGAUCAGCCCUACUUUUACAAUUGUCCCGAUAACUUUUUCGGCGACCCCAUGGACUAUUUUGCAGACGAUUUUUUCUCUCCUUCGUUUAUGUAAAUUCUUAAUCUGAUUUGGGAUAUUGGCGUUACGUUGGACAAAAUAGACUUUUUUGGGCAAGGAAGAAAAGAUUGAUUUUUUUCUA